AUGGACGCAGCAGAUGAUGAUAAAGAUGUUCGACUCCAAAGAGAGUCAGGAGAGCUCUUGGAAGAUUUCGAAAAAUCACUACACCCAUUCCUUCACAACGUUACUAAUAAGGGUCAACUACGAAGGAGAGUCCGCACAAGAGAAACAGAUAGAUUGGCAGCAUUGCUAGAUAAUUUCCAAGAACUUCCUCAACUCCUCGAUCCACACCUUCAGAAACUUAUACCCAUACUAGCUAAUGCUUUCAUUGCCUCCAUAUCGAAACCACCUUCGAAGACCCCUCCCGCUCAUACUCAAUUGUUGAUGCCUCUAUCAAAAGCUAUUUGUCGAUUACUUUAUACAUUCUGUAAAGUUAGAGGAGAGAAAGUUAUCGUUCAAUUCCUAAAUACCGAUGUCAAACUUAUUGAUUUAUUACUUUCUGCUAUCGAAAAAGGAACAUGGAUAAAUAUUGAUGCAUGCGAAAACCCAGUAGAAGAAGUAUGGGGUUGGGAAGAACGAUACAUAACUUUGCUUUGGCUCUCGCAGUCACUCAUGGCACCUUUCGCUCUCAAUUCCUUGUCAUCCACCCCCCCACCUCGUGAUGCCAAGCUAUAUCUGGCUCAUUUUAAAUUACCAGCCAAUACUCCUGGUGUAGUAUUGCGGUCUAUCGCAUUGGCCGUAAAAUAUCUCUCCUCAUCUGGCAAGGAGAAAGAUGCUGCAAAGAUCCUACUAGUGAGAGUUGUUCUGCUCAAGGACAUGCAAGAUCUUGGGGUCCUGAAUUCUUCAAUAACGUGGGCAACAUCUGUUCUAAAGUCUGUUAACGAGAAUCGAAAUAUUCACUAUAUCAAUGGUGUUUUGUCCUUUUUUGCUGGGAUUCUCAAGUCGUCUACGGGCACCGCUUAUAUGGACUCUGGUUUGGAACCAGUAUUCUAUGCUGUUUCUAAUUUUGUGGAAUCAUCGGAUCGUUUCUCCAAAGAAGUUCAGAGCUCGGCUGUUGCGCGGAAGUUCAUUAUCAAGAUUUUUCGCGGCAUUGCUUUGCUCAAUUUGCGACCAUCUUUCACAACUAUUGAUGACAUUUUGAGUGACUGUGUUGAUUUCAUGUUACAAUCGCUAUUGGAUCCAUCAACGCCAGUUAGAUUGGCUGCAAGUAAAGCGUUAAGCGUCGUUAUUCUAAAAGUACAACCUGAACACGCCUAUGAAUUUGUGCUUGCGAUUUUCGAAAUGUUAGAAGCGUUUCCAACUACUGAUGUUUUGAAUUGGCAUGGCCAAAUUUUAACACUCUCACAUUUGCUAUAUCGUCACGCGGCACCUCCUGAAUUGCUUGAUAAAGUGAUUGUUUUUCUACUCAAAGCUUUAUCAUUUGAGGGAAAGUCUUCAUCUGGUAGCUCUAUUGGAACCAAUGUGCGAGAUGCUGCAUGCUUUGGAAUAUGGGCAUUAGCUCGACGUUACCCAACUGCGGAAUUACAAGAUAUUGACAUCAAAUCCGAAGGUUUUAGUCAUUCGAUGAAUACAAGCUCUACUAUACAAACUCUAGCAACACAUCUCGUUGUCUCCGCAUGCUUGGAUCCUGCCGGCAAUAUACGUCGAGGAGCUUCUGCAGCACUUCAAGAACUGAUAGGCCGCCAUCCAAAUACUAUCAUUGAAGCCCUGGAGUUGGUACAAAUUGUUGACUAUCAUGCUGUAGCUCUUCGAUCUAGAGCGAUACUGGAAGUGGCAGUUUCAGCUUCUUCACUGGCUUAUAAAACCGACAGCGGAGAAUCUUGGCACCACUAUGGAGAGGCACUCCUUGAAGCAUUACGAGGUUGGCGUGGGGUUGGUGAUGCAGAUCUUGUUACAAGGCGAAAUUGUGCUGAAGCCUUCCGUCUUAUAAAUUUUCCGGAAAAGAAUGGCAAAACUCCUAACACAUACAAAGAUUCUUACGACACUAUAUGUUCUCUCGAUCAACAACUCAAUGAUCUUACAGUUCGUCAGACUAACGAACGGCAUGGAUUACUUCUCUUUAUAGCGGCAGCGAUUCUUGAAUGUCCAAAAUUUCACGAGAGGGAAGAUUAUGCUGUUUCUUUUCAAGUGUAUUCGGAUAGAAUUCUCAAUAUGCUCACUUCUUACAUUUCAAACAUAACGUCGGUAUCAUCUCCACAAAGCUGGCGACGCCCUGAUUUAAUGGCGGAAGCUGUGGCAUGUGUGAUCUUUCAUUGUUUCCGUAUAUUUGGGAUAAUGGUCAUGUUUAAAAUGCCGGGUGCGCCUUCUGUCUCCAGCGAUAUAUCAAAAUGGUUAGACGACUCAAAAACCAGAAAAGUCCUCAUGUUUGAGUAUGAGGAACCUUAUGCAGAGCAUAUGAUUAGUACCUCGGGCCAUCAAACGGUGGCUGAAGUGUUGGCUCAUACCAUGGAUGAGUUUGAUUCUUCCGAUACUCAACACGAUUCAAGUGUCCAAAAUGAGUUGAAGCAUCACGACAUCGAAAAAGCAAGAGGAAAUAUUCUGAACUUCCCAUUACUUGUCAGAAGCUUCAUCGGGCACUUUAUUGACACUGGUUCUGAAGAAUUGGUUACUCUUUUAACGGCUUGUCAUCGCAGGUCGUUCUUUUGGUAUUCUGCUGGGCAUCGAAAUAGUUUAAUCGAUCGUAUGUUGCUGUCAAUGCAAAAGACUCAGCUGACAUUCUCCAUGCUUUUGAUAUCAUACUCAUUGUCCCAAAAUAACUCGAAUGAUCAAAUGAACAAAAUUUCCGUUGCAUUACAUGAGAGCUGGAAGUCAACUAUCGGCAAACGUAUUUACGAUAUCAAGACACGACUGGCUUUGCUUCCAUAUAUUUCAAAAGAAAGCAAAGCGCUAAACUCUUCUAUUAUUGGGUUCUGGGAUAUAGUUUCACAUGGUCUUGAUGACUAUCAUACAGAUCCAGCACAAGGUGAUAUUGGAUCGCGAGUAAGACUAGAGGCUAUCAAAGGAGCUGCGGCAAUCUUUCUAUCUACAGAUUUAAGAAGUGAUUCAGCUAAUAUGAAAAUAUUUUCUACCAUGUUUGGUAAGCUGUUGAGACUUAGCACGGAGAAGUUGGAUAAAGUUCGAACAGAGGCGAAGAAAGCCCUUCUCGUCAUUCUGCCGAGUCUUGUCUCUAGAUCCGACACUUUGUCCUUUGAGCAAAGUUCAAUUUCUUCUUAUGAACAUUUUCGAUUUAUGCUAGAUUUACAAACGGGAGAUCGUCUGACCAGAAAUACAACGACUAAGGAAUUUCAAUGGCUUCCUUCGUGGACGGAUAAAUUAUUGGAAGGAUAUGUAACUUCUGCCCAUGGAGGAACAGAAGAUUUACGUCGCGUUAGCACCGCAGCUUUGAUUGCUUUUUGCGAUGAGAAAGCUGAAAAUAGAGAAUUUAUUGGUGCGGCUCUGACAAUACCAAACCCUCUGCGAACAAAUCGCAAAAGAAACCAAUAG